AUGUUCUUCCUAGGCUCUAUGACCUCAUUGACAUUUGUCGAUCGGUUAAGACUGCACUCUCGCCUUCAUUUUUACCUACAACAGAAAGAUAAUAUCCAACAUAGUGGAAACUGUUGGCCCAUCAAUUCCGUCGCCCAUAGACUAGCGCUCCCCCACCCAUCGGCCGUGGUCUCACACCAGCCACCGAUGCGAACAUCCCUAUAA